AUGAUCGUUUUGGCAUUGAUCGCCGCUGCCUUUAUGAACGGUAAUGUAUGCCCUUCCAUAGUAUUGUCCCUUUCAUCCCUCAAAAUAUGCAACUUUAUAUACAGUAUAUUAUGUUAACUAAAAUUGGAAAAUCAGUUGGUCGGUGGCUCUAGUACUCGGUACAUUGCUAAUUAGUGCAAUAUCCGAAAUAGUAAUACACCACAUAAUAUAACACCAGUAAUAUGUUUUACAUGGUUUGAAAAUUAGAAAUAGGCAAUUAAAAAAAAAAAGAAAGGAAAAACGGACGUAACCAUUUUCGUUCAUCUAGUUAAUUUAUUUUGAUAUACUGAAAUAAAAAUAUUUUUGACAUUCGUUGAUUUUUCAACUAUUCAAUAAUUCAAAAUCACAGCCAAAUAAUUUGUUGCGUGUUGUAGAAUUUACAAUCUGUCUAAUUUGUGUAAAAAACGAUUAAUUUCCAAUUUUGCUUUAGAUAUAUUGUUUUUACAAUGAUGUUAAUUUGUUUUAUAUACUGUAGACAAUUUCUACCAGAAAUCUUACUCCGGUGUAUCAAGUGUCAGAAAGAAGAUUUUAAAUAGUUGGUAAUUUAUGGAGGUCAUUUUAUGAUUUUCUAAGCAUUUUUCAUCAAAAACUGGGCAAAAUGUAGAGAAAACGGGAACAUUUACGAAAACAAUGAUUUUAUUAUUUAAAAUUUUGUUAUUUGCUACAAUUCAAUUAAAAAUGUCCAUGGAAACUGGAAAUUUAGACGGAGAAGUGAUAUUUGUCUUUCGUAGAGGUAGUAGAAGUUUCAAAAUAUCUGAGCCAUUUUUGAGAUAUUUAUAGACAUUUUAAUUUUGUGAGUUUUUUACGUAAUUUUUAUUCGUUACCUAGGUACUUUGUGGAUAAAAUUGUUAAAACAAACAGAAAAUUAAAAAUUGAACAGAGGGUUCAUUAUAAAUUGUACUUAGUGAUCAACAAUAAAAAGCUGUAUUUAAUGUAGUAUUUAUUUUUUUAUAAGAAUUUUAAUACCAAAUUGUGACGCAUAUAUUACAGCCUUUUAAAACAUGUAUAUAUAACUGAACUCCGCUCAGAAUCGGUUUUCGUUAGUAAUGAUUUAUAGUUGUAUUCAAUUCCCUAUAUAUAUGUUGUACCUUCCCAACUUCUCACCUACAACAGUGACCCACCCAUCUUGUCAAGUACAUCCGUCUUUUUUUCCUUGAAUAUCAUAUUAAAUAAAAUAUAGUUAACAAGGGGCCCGUGCAUGGCCUAUUUUUGUGAUCAAAAAUAUGCUUUGCUUGAAAAACUCUCAUGUCUCAUUCAGUAAACCGAUUUAGAUUUUUUUUUUUUAUCGUUAUGAUACAUUAAGUUUGGAUUUUGAAAAUUUUAUUUUAUUUAUAUAUCUAGAGUUUAAAUUUGGCCAAUAUUCACAAUUUGUUUAACUCAUUUUUUGUGAAUUUUAGAUACGCAAUUAAAAAGCCUACAGUUAUAUAGUUCUAUAAUAUAUGCAUAUUAAGCUUUGUAUUCAUACAACAACAAUCUGUAUUAUUUAAUCAUGCAGAACAUGUAAAUUAUUAUCUUAGUUGCGAAAAGUACAUACAAAAUAUUAACAUGCCACAUAACUUUUUAUAUGAUUUAAUAGUCCGGGUUUGCAGGACUUUUUACCCUAGUUCACCCAAAACUCGAAUUACGAAAUCCAAUAAAAUUUUUGCGAACGAUUUUCGUAACCCUAAGUAUUCACCGCCAGCUUAACAGUUUUGGUUCACAGAAAUCGCACCCGGUAUCGGUCCAUUGUAUAUUUGUAAUAUUAUCUCAGUCCGUGGUUAGCACGAUUGGCAAAAUUCGUUCUUUAUGUUGUACUACCGCGGAGACAGAACCGGUAAAAUUAAUUUUCAUAAAACUAUUUUACGAUAACACUGAUAGUUAUAAAAAAAAACUCGUAACUGCCCACUUUGUACGCUCCAGUGCUCGCAUCUCCAUGACUGGUUCACUUGGCCCUUUCGCACGGGUGUACUCGAACAUUGCCCGAGUACGGAUUGUGUUUAUUGUGUUACACAUUACCUAUUACCGCGUAACGGCUGUUUCCGUGGUAAAUCGUGAUACUUCCAUCAGGCAAUUGGUUGGCGGUGGUCGCGCACACUCAAAAGUACCACCAUGACGGAGCAUUGAGUAGGCCGGCGUGCCGGUCAUUUUUCGACGAGUUCAAAUCGCAGUGUAUCUGGGCCAUGGCUGUCGGCUACGGCGUGUACUUCGGAUUUUGCGGAUACUUAGAAGUGAGUGGAUUUUCGUAAACCCGUUUUUUGAUAAAAGUACGAGCAGCGAAACCAGAAGCGCGACCGUCGCGCGCAUGGUGGCGAGUUUCCACGACUACAUUGGCAUGCACUGUGUUCACAUUAUGCACAUUGUUUAUAAUAUACAUAUAACGUACAUUUAAGCAAGGACACUCAAAGUUCUUCCUACAACAGCUGAGAUACAGCUAUAUCAGCUGUUCGUUAGAAGCAGCGCCACACACACGGGCUAUUUAGAGCCCCCGGGCCGCACGAAAAAGGCCACCGUGCGCGCGCGCGACGGUCACGCUUCCGUACUAUAAUUAUAACGACCGUUGCAGUGGAAAUACUAUGUGAGAGGGCGCGGCAAAGAAUUGGAAUGGAAAUGUCAACCGAGACGCUAUUUACCCGGACACCUGGUUUGGGACCAAAUCAAAUGGGGUUGCACAGGAUUGAUGGUCACGAACGUCGUCUCGGCGGUGGUGGCAACCCAUGUCGUUUGCGGCGGUUACAGUCGAGUGUACAUGAGCGUGUGCCAGUACCCGUUUUGGUGGUGGAUACUCCAGUGGCCGGUCAUAUUCGUUCAACAGGUAAGAGCGGUUAGCGUUUUUGGAGUCGCGAGUUUGGAUUUCAUGCUGCAACGUGGUAGGAAAUAUUCAAUCGUAUGAUUGCGAUGUUCUGAAGCGCAGAUAGUCAAUAGAAUCUUAAUAUUAGAACUUAAUGAAGUUUAGUCACGUAUUAAUCAAUAACGUUUUUAUUAAGACUCACUAGUGAUUGUCACGUCAGUCGUCCGACAAAGUUUUUAUUCGCGGAAUGGUUGUAGUGGAAAAUCGCCGUUUCUUACAUAGUGGUUUAUGGCCAUAAGCCUUACAAUGGUAAUGUCGAGUAAUGUAGAUGGAGUGGGAUCAUUCUAGACAGUUCAUCUAACCUAUCCUAUUAUGCAUAUGUAUAUAACUAUAAUAGUAUACUGAACAUUACAAUACUAUAUUUUUAUAUCUCUUCUUCCCUCCGUCUUCAUCCCAACUAUUUAGGCUCGGCCACCCUUGUCCUAAACUUCCACGUGAAACAAUCUCCCGAUCUCUUGCAUCUUCUUCGCAUACACCGGCCAGUCCUCAUAUCAUUGUCAAUCACAUCCAACUACAUAUUUUUCGGUCUUCCUUCUCCCCAACGUUUAUUUGUAUUACCAUUCCUACCUGCUGCUCUCUCCCCGUGACAUGCCCGUACCAUCUUAGUAUAUUUUCUCUCAUUUUAUAUAAUAGUCAUUAACAUUGUAAAGGAGAUUAUAAAAAGAUGAUGGAAAUAUGGCUCGAUGAUAAAAAAAAAAGGGUAUUUGAGGAGGACCCUGGUGAAAGUAUGCUAAUGGAAGGAAUGCGAUAAAAAGUGAUGCAAUGUUUUAGUGGAACCAAACAGUCAAUAGAGGGAAAUGACAAAUAAGGUCAGAGAUUAAAGAUAGAUGGUAAUAUCAUGUAAAUAAAAAGGUCGAAAUUUAAGUGUGGGCACCAAUAUAAAAUUUUAAAAUCAAGUUUGAAAUAGGGUCACAGACCCCCGUCUGUACGCCUAUUGAUUCGAGAUUUUGUCUGUGUAAUUUGUUAUUUUUUGAUAACAAACGAUUUUAUAAAAACUUGGGAUUCUAUAAAAAUGUUAUUAGCGUACACGGUGUGAACGUAUUGGAGUGUUUUCACUAUUUUCCGGGAGAAAAAAAAAGGUACUUUGGUAAAACUAUAUAUUAAUAUUAGUUUUGUGAGCUUUCUCGCUACAUUUAAAAUAUAGACAUGAUAUUUUUUCAAUAAACAAAAAAUCUGCGUUUAACAAAGUAUACGGAAAUUCUCAUGGAGUUGAAAAGCUCAUCAAUUUACAUCUACGUGAUUUAAGUUAUUUCAUAUUUUUGACAAACGAACUGGCGUUCAACUAUCGUUUAUAAAUAUUUUCAUAGAUAUUUAAUAUUAUAUUAUUUUCGCAUUCGAUUGACUAACGCAAACACAUUGAAUUACAUUUAUAUACAUUUAACAUUAGGAUAGUACUACGGUUUGUAUAGAUUUACGUAUUAUACUAUAUAGGAUUACGCAACGUAUUGGAUCCAUCGGACGUUUCACACCAAGUUUCUGUUCAAACACUUCCACAGUCUCCACCACCGGUACUUUCAACCUACACCAUGGUCGGUGACAGCAAUACACCCGUUCGAGAUCACUCUCGUACAACUGUCCAUGGUCGUACCCAUCUUUAUUUAUCCGGUGCAUUGGGGUAAGCGUAUCUAUAUGUGCCUCGAAAUUCACCCUUAUUGGUACCCAUUGGGUUGGGCAGUGACUUAUCCAUGAACAACACCGAUUAUUAUUGUUUUUAUAUUAUAAGUUAAUAUAUUUGUCUCCGCUUACAGUGCCGUUUUACGGUUUGGCUUUGUACACGUAUUAUCACGGCAUCAUUCAACACUCGGGAAUAAAUUUCAAGGCACGACGGUGGCAACCCUGGCAACCGGAUUCCAUGUUCCACGACAAUCAUCAUCAGUACUGUCACGUAAACUUCGGUUUCAAUUGUUACAUGUGGGACCAGGUUAAAUUUAAACAGAAACUAAAAAUAUACUCAAGAUUAUUAAAAAAAUGUCGGGUAUUUUGUUUUCAGAUUCACGGAUCCGCGCGGAAACCGGAUUGUUGUUAUAACGAACGAACGGACGGCUGGGGUUCGGGCCGGCCCUUGGCAAGUCUGUCGGAAAAUGAUCUGCGCCUGGAAAUUCGCGAGAGAGCUGCCGAGAAUCCGAAGGCUUACCGGGAUAACAUGAACCCAUACUCACUAUUAGACGAAUUCUCGACUACAGUGAAGACAAAGACUGUCGAAUAA